AUGUCGACCACAUUCCCAAAUCUCUACACGCACCGCAAGGUCGCUGAUUCAGCAGCCAAAGCGUGUGACGUUUGCUACAAGUCAAGCACAUCCGUCUUAAUCACUCCAGACAAGAAGGAUUUCUUCUUUGUUUGUCCCGUUCACUUGAAGGAUCGGUAUUUUGCGACACCAAAGAUCGAUGAAGAAGCUGCCAAGAAGAAGCGCGAGAAGGAAUUGGCGGAGGAAAAGGAACGUGUCAUGAAGGAGUACGAGGAGAAGCAAAAGAAGAAAAAGGAGAAAGAGUCAAAGAAGGAUGACAAGGAUAAGGACAAAGACGACAAAGAUAAGGAUAAAGAAAAGGACAAAGAUGAGAAGAAGGAUGAGGACAAGAACAAAGAAGAGAGCAGUCCUGCGCCUGAAGAAGAGCCUCGUGUAUUCGAGUUGAAGGCCGCCUUUUACCAACAGAGACUGUUGAAGAAGCGACAAGCCGAAGCUGCGAAGCUGGAUCGGGAGAGAUCGUCAAAGCCAGGUUAUUUCCCAUCUGUGCCAUCAGAUACUCCCAGUCGAUGA